AUGUCCUCCCACAAAGAUGAACUCCUUGCCAAAAAGGCGCGUCUCGCCGAACUCAAGCGGCAACGAGCAUUACGCGAGGAGCAAUAUACCUCUGGACGCCACAGCAUCGGGGAGGCACCCUCCCCAAGCAGGACCGCGGAGGAGCGUAAAAAUGAGGUCAACAAUAUAUUAUCUGAGAUAUUCGGGCGACAACGAGAUUCAACAGCCUCUGACAAGAGAAGAGCAAGUCGGCCCAACUCUCUACAAGGCACCGGCCAGAUCACUCCCCAGUCCGACCUCGAACCCUCACCUCGAGUGUUGAUGCAAUCCAUGUCCACACAGACUGACUCGGCUCCAUCUGCACCCCCACUCUAUGAGCAACCUUCCUCUACGACGGAACCCGUGGUUGCUAAACGCGAAUAUAUUACCUACAAUAAAGGUGUACAGACCGAGGCAUACCUAGACGACACUCCGCAAUCACAGAGCAAUUCUGAUGAUGAACAACCGGUGCGCUCUAAAAAGCGACUCAGUAGGCGGGAGCAAGAAAGAGACGAAGAGAUAAGAUUGAGCCUGCGAAAGGAGAUCGAGGAAGAGGUGAGGGACACACUCAACAGAGAGCCUGCACCAUUUUCAUCCGCAUCGUCUCAUCAACGCUUCCCCCUUCGAACCUUGACCAAUACCGAGUUGAACGCGGUUGUUGCCUCCUCUGAAUUUGUUUCAUUCGUCGAGCGAUCUUCCAAAGUCAUUGAGCGAGCCUUGGAUUUGGACGACGAAUAUGAUCUGUUGACUGAUUAUACCCGAACGUCCACCCUGGAUGAUAGCGAUGACGAUAUGAAUUAUGCACGAUCGAGCAAAAAGUCCCAUUCCUUACGUGAAUCAUUUCAAUUAUUUUCCGACCGACAUUCGCGAAGACGAAUCGUCUCAGACAUACAAUUCUCACCACAUUUCAACGAACUCCUCUUAUCCUCCUACACCAAGAACCCGUCCGCCCCCCAUGAACCUGCAGGCCUGGUUCUUCUGUGGAAUACUCACGCCCCGUCCAGUCCAGAAUACCAUUUUACAGCUUCGUCAGAUGUGCUCUCAGCCCGCUUUUCACCAUUCCACCCCAAUCUCGUCAUUGGGGGUUGUUAUUCUGGCCAGAUAUGCCUCUGGGAUACAAGAUCUUCUGGUAGAACAGGUCAACCAGUCCAGAAAACCCCCCAAUCAGGCUCACAUCUCGGACACACUCAUCCUGUCUACAGUAUAAAUGUGGUGGGGACCCCCAAUGCUCAUAAUAUUCUGACCGCGUCCAUGGAUGGCGUCGUUUGCUCAUGGUCUGUCGAUAUGUUAACCCAAGCACAAGAAUACCUGGUUCUCAAUACUCCACCUCCAGCCCGGACUGACGAUCUUGCACCGACGAGUAUGAGCUUCCCAGCAUCUGACCCAACCUUCUUCGUUGUCGGUACUGAGGAAGGGUCAAUUUAUCCAUGCCACCGCUACGAUCGAGCGGGCGCUCAAGCUGGAGUGGACAAUCGUGUGGCUUACCGCGGCCAUAAAGCACCAGUCAUGAGUUCUCAAUUUCACCCAACACGCGGGCCCCUGGAUCUAGGUGAUCUCCUGCUCAGUUCAAGCUCCGAUUGGAGUAUCAAGCUCUGGCGGGUCAAGCCUGCCGCAAGUUCUGUUGCAACAGUGGCAGACAAAGAUCCCGUAGUCCGACCUAUUCUUGAUAUCGCACGUGAGGAUCUAGUAUAUGACACCAAGUGGGCCCCAUACAAGCCAUCCGUGUUUGCGUGUGUCACAGGUUCUGGUGAUCUUGAAGUCUUCGACUUGAGCUACGACCUCGAAGUGCCCAUCACCAAAGCCAGCCCGACUCGAGGUAAGAGUGGUAUUGUACCUUUCAAAGGACUGAACAAACUUGCAUGGGAGGAGAAGCGUGGAAGUCAAAUUGCGGUUGGAGGCCUCGAUGGGGUAGUAACCGUCUUUGAUGUGGGCAAAGGUCUGCAGGGCGGAAAUACCGAGAUUAACGAAGAAGACUGGAAGGGAAUGAAGCGGCUGGUGACCAGAUUGGAAGGUGCCGGAGCGAAAUGA